AUGAAGACCUUCUUAGACUUUUUGGAGCUUCAUUUAAACUUUGUGUUUUUUGGUCAGAUUGGCCUUCUCACACGUCUUGGAUUAGAGUUACUAUGUCAGCAUCAAGGGCCAUUUACUGGCGUUCUUUUUUCAAACUUUUUUGGGUGUCAGUUUAUGGGAUUCGUGGUUAAUUAUCGACUUUUGCGAGAACCAGAUAAAGAUGACUCUGAAAAACUAGCGAAAAUACCUAAAAAGGUAGAUACUCCCCUUCAUAAUGCGUUCACUACAGGGUAUGCUGGCUCUGUAACGACUUUUUCAUCUUUCAUUCUAGAGACUUUUACCUAUGCGUCCAACAUUACUUCCAAUCAAAAGAUGCCUUACCCAGAUUCUGGCUGGGGGAUUCCAAUGGCAAUGGCUUAUAUUGUAGUUACUGCUGGUGUAUCAUUCACUGGAUUUUAUUUUGGAAAACAUUUGGCUUAUAUUGCACAGGAUGGCUUAUCAGCUGCAACGUUUUUCCCUCCGGCACCAGAAAUUACAGAUCAGAAUCAAAUCAUCGUGCCUUCCACAAACCCAUAUCUCCGUAAACGUCACUCGAAACCAUUUUUCCCUGGGCUUACAGUUUCACAACUUCUUAUUGUUCAGCAUACUUUUUCCAUCAUGGGAGCCCUCUUUCUUGCUGCCACUUUUUCCCUUGCUAUUGCAACGACAACUGUUCCCGAACAUGUAUUUCAUUCGUCCCGUCUUUCUCCUCUUUGGAGGUACUACACUUUGGCGCUGAUUUUUUCUCCUAUUGCUGUCACUUUAAGAUACUGGCUCAUUCGCCUUUUAAAUCCUCUUUUCUUUCUUCGCUCUGACCGCUUUUUUGUCUAUAAUAUUCAGUGCUCUGAAAUUGAGCCUCAUUCCCUUUCUGCACCUGCAACUAUUUUCCCAGUGGGAACUUUCAUUUGCAAUAUUUUUGCAGUCUUGGUUCUUUCAUCUCUUGUGCUUGUUCAACGCGGAGCUUCUCCUUCUUCACCUAUAGGUGAAAAGCUUCCAAUUGGUGGUGUUGUUCAUGGUGCUGUUCGCUGCGAUGUAGUACGUGCCCUUGCGGAUGGAUUUUGUGGCUCUCUUAGCACUAUAUCGACCUUUGUAAAUGAGCUCAUGGGAAUGAACGUUAUGCGAGCAUACAUAUAUGGUACUAUUUCUGUAUCCGUUGGACUUGCUUCUGUAGUUUUGAUUUUGGGUUCCUACAUUUGGACAAAUGGCAUGGCAAACGCAUGUUUUCAAUAG